AUGUCGUACCAACCUCAGCAGCCGUACCACCCUCAGCAGCGGCAGCAGCCGCCGCCGCAACAUCAGCAGCAGCAGUACAACCCGCCCGCAACAUCCUCAGCCGACAGCGGCAUUUUCCACGGCGGCGCUUACAGCAUCAGCCACCGCGAUACAAAUGCAAUCCUCAAUAUCAAUCUUCAGCCCGGUGCGGUGGUAAACUCCAAGUCAGGCGCCAUGAUCCACAUGGCCGGCACAGUGCAGCUCACUGGUAACGUCAAGUUCUCAAUGAAGAAGCUUUUCACGGGCGGACAAAUGUCCGAGUCUACAUACGCCGGGCCGGGAACGGUUGCUCUCGGCCCUACGCUCAUGGGCGACAUUAUUACCCUGCAUGUCGACGGUCGCACGCAAUGGACGGUGGGCAAGGAUGCCUACCUCGCGCGCACGCCCCAGGUGGUCAUGGAUACCAAGGCGCAGGGGAUUAGCAAAUCACUAUUUUCGGGCGAGGACAUCUUUGUCUACCGUCUGGCUGGGCAGGGUUUGCUCUGGUUGACAAGCUUCGGAGCUGUGGAUCGUCUAGAUCUUCGACCGGGCGAGCAGCACAUUGUUGAUAACGGUCAUCUUGUAGCCUGGAGCUGCGACUAUAAGAUCGAAAAGGCUGGAGGCGGAUCUAUGAGCAGUCUUAAGACGGGCGAAGGCCUGCUCACAUACGGAGUAGUAGCGCUCAAAUUAGCAUAG